AUGGAGGCGGCGGCGGCGGCGGUUGCCAGGCCGGGGCUCGAGCUCUGCGGGGCCUGGAUGGUGGUCCGAGGGGGGUGCAGGCUCCUCGCUGCCCGCUACAAAGAGCCCAGCCAAGAUGAUCUUUUCAUAUACGAUUGUACCACUGCAGGCAAGAAACCUCAGGAAAACAAAGGAGAGGAUGGAAAGUCAGCAGUUAAAUCAAGUGAUACUAUCCUUGCCUGUGCAUUUUCUUCACCUGGAACCUACUUUGCUCUGACUGAUGACAACAAACGCCUGAUUCUUUUUCGUACUAAACCUUCCUGGGAAUGCUUGAGCGUAAGACUUGUCACUAGAAGAUGCACUUCCCUGAUUAUAACAGCAGCAGAAGAUAAGAUUCUGGUUGCUGACAAAUCUGGAGACGUCUAUUCUUAUUCAGUAGCUGAACCAGAAAAUACAGGAACAAUUGAACUUGGGCACCUGUCUCUUCUUUUGGAUAUGGCUUUGAGUCCUGAUGACCAGUAUAUCUUAACAGCUGACCGAGAUGAGAAGAUACGAGUUAGUUUGACAAGAGCACCACAUAACAUUGUAUCCUUCUGCCUGGGACACAGAGAGUUCGUCAGUCGAAUAUUUAUAAUACCAGACUAUCCAGAUCUUCUCUUAUCAGCUUCUGGGGACUGUACACUGAGGCUUUGGGAGUACAAAAGUGGGAAAGAAGUCCAUUGUUGCCACCUGAAUAAUUUGGAUGUACAUGAGGCCACCAAAAAUGAGAAGAAAUAUGCAGUCUCAAGAACAACCUAUUCUUGUGAAGGAAAUUACAUUGCAAUUUUAUAUGACUGUGUUCCCACAGUAUCCAUCUUCCAGCUUGACGCUGAUGCACAGAAACUCCUUUGCAAACAACAUAUCUCCUUGAAUCACCAAGGCUGGGACGUUGCAUUUACGGAAACUGGUGGGCUCUGGAUUCUACAAGAGGAUAAGGAAACACCACUUCUGUUGUACCAACCAGUGGAUGGACAAUGGCAGCCUGUUAUUGAAGAGGAAGGCUUGAUAAAAAUGUCAAAAUACGUGCGCAGCAACUGGACAAUGUUUGAAGACUCUGUUGGCAAAGGAGGCUGCUAUCAGAAUCUCUACAAGGCUUCUUUUGAUAACAUGGCUGUUUACCUGCAAAAGAAAGAAGAAAGACUGCAGCAGCAUGAGAAUAAAAGACAGGAACUGCUGCAUGCAUCCAAUGGACAGACAAAAAAGGUCAAAACCGAAGGGCCGUACUCGUGA